UUGUUGAUAGUUCGUGUAGAUGGGGCAAACCAAAUAGGACUUACAUGUGAUAAAUUAUAAUUGAGUUUUCUUGAGUUUUUACCGUAAUUUAUCACUAUAUUACUGGUUAACGAGUUUUUAAACUUCAUCCUUAAGAGAUAGGACUAAUAAAAAACGAGAUGUGUCACAACACGGAAGACUAACACUUACGGACAACAAGUUUCACGAGUUUCUGAAUUUCAAGAUUCUUUCUGGAAAUAAAAGAUUUAUUUUGUAUUACCAUUCCAUUUGGGUUCAGUUUCACUUGAUGGUAAGAACUAUGAACGUAAAUUGUAUCUGAACAACGGGUCUAAGAAAUGUACGACGGUUUGAUCGCUUGCAAGACAAAGUAGUUCCAGGCUAGCAAUGUAAACGCACCUUAAAUGUGUUCCUGUAGUUUAUAAAGGCAUGGCAGAACUACAACAGGACGCCAAGACUGUUUUACCUCCUUUCGAAAUAUCUAAAGAUGGACAGUGUAGUACUUGUUGCAGUCCUCCGGGACAAACCAAAACCUUCGCUGCUAGAACUUUGACGGAGGAGGAGAUGGAAAAAUUGUCAGGAGACCAGAUCUUGGUGUCUGACUUCAAGCAGAUGAAGUUGGAAAAGGAAGCCCAGAAAAACUGGGACUUGUUCUACAAAAGAAACACAACAAACUUUUUCAAGGAUAGACACUGGACUACCAGAGAAUUUGAAGAACUAAAGGAAUGCCGAGAGUUUGAGUCCCAGAAGCUGGUUCUGUUUGAGGCUGGUUGUGGCGUGGGUAACUGCAUCUUCCCCCUCCUGGAAAACGACCUCAACAUCUUUGUUUACGCCUGCGACUUCUCUCCACGGGCUGUUGACUUUGUCAAGCAAAACCCUCUGUACUGCCCUGAGCGUUGCAGCGCGUUCCAGUGUGACCUGACCAAUGACGAUUUGAGAGGGAGUAUACCAGAGGGCAGCGUGGACGUGGCCACGCUCAUCUUCGUCCUCUCAGCCAUCCAUCCAGACAAGAUGCAGCAGGCCCUGGUGAACAUCCACAGGGUGCUGAAACCUGGAGGCGUCGUACUCUUCAGGGACUACGGCUUGUACGACCAUGCCAUGCUGAGGUUUAAGGCUGGCAACAAACUGGGCCAGAACUUCUACGUACGGCAAGAUGGCACCAGGUCUUACUUCUUCUCCAAAGAGCUCCUGGCUGAGCUGUUUGAGGGGGUGGGGUUCCAGACCCUCGCUAAUGACUACGUACUAAGAGAGACCGUCAACAAGAAAGAAGGGCUGUGCGUUCCACGGGUGUUCCUUCAGAGCAAGUUUAGAAAGCUGGACCAAUCACAGACCUCCUGACGGAGCCUAGCCCAACAACCAAUACACCCAAAUUAAUUAUUUUAUUUACAUUGAAAAACUUAACUGACAGGAGCAAACUAACUGAAAUGCAACUUUAUUUCAAUGUAAAAAAAAAUGUUUUAGUGCAAUUCAGUGUUUUAGUAUUGUUUUUAUAUUAUUAAACUGGCAUAGCCUUAACAAAUUUCCA